AUGAGCUUCGCAAAUCGCAGAAAACCACGGAAGAUCGGGGACGAUGAGGGAGAUGACGAGGGGAAUGGUGGGGAGCCAGAAACCAUAGUCAAGCGUCCAAUCAAGUCGAAGUCUAAACCCAAAUCUAAAUUGAACCUUUCCUUUGGCUCCGGCGAGACCUCAAUGGCAGACGAUGGUGAUCAAAGCGAGGUCAUCAUUCCCAAACGACAUGGCCUCGGCCGCAAGGCCGUCGAGCGCAGCGCGGCGCAGCGCAACCUGACGCCUUCCGGCGCAUCGCAGACAAUACCCGCCCGCGUCGGACAUGAUCAGGACCGGCCUAGCUACAGCAAUGAUUAUUUAAAGGAGCUUCGUGACUCAACGCCCUCCACGCCAAAGGCCAGCACAGACGACGAGAAAGAUCGGACGAUUGAUGUGGCAGCGAAGUUUGGAGAGGUUAUGAGAGUCUCCGGCCCUUCUGCCAUCCCCAGUGAAGCUGAGAUCCGUGAGAAGAAAGCACGGCGCGCUCGCCUGGCAUUAGAAAAAGGUGCGAAGGAGGAAGACUUCAUCUCAUUGGAUGAUCAUAUGACGGAACAUGACGACGACUGGGACGCCGUUGCUCGUGGCGAGAAGGAAACGGUCUCGGAUACUCGACUGGUCCGAGAUGAUGAGGACUUUGCCGAGGGCUUCGACGAAUAUGUCGAGGAUGGGAAGAUAUCCCUAGGUAGAAAGGCAGAACGUGAACAGAAGCGAAAGGAUCGCGAUGCGAUGCGCGAGCUCAUCAACGACGCUGAGGGACUUUCUGAUGAUGAGGAUUCCGACAUCGAGGAGAAGGCGGCAUAUGAGGCCACCCAGACCAGAGCUGCUAUGGGUCAUGGCAAGUCUUCCGGCAUCGAUCGUCCGAGGACUCCCCCCAAGAUGACCUCCCUUCCCAAGCUGUCCAGCAGUCUCGAGAGACUUCGCAUGUCCCUGGCAUCGAUGGAGACUGCUAAAACGCAGAUGAUCAGUCGAAUGGAGGAUCUACGGAAGGAGAAGGAGGACAUUGCCGUCAGGGAAGUGGAGAUUCAAGGGAUGAUUAAGGAGGCCGGCGAUAACUACGAACGCCUCAAAAAGGAAGCCGGUAUUGAGCCAGCAGCCGACGCAGAUGCAUCGGCAGGAGCGUUGGAGCAGUCGCGAGGUCUGGAAAGCAUCGGUGCACCCAUGGCACCUUCGGAUUCCAGCUCUGGCGAGACUGAGAUAUGA